UCAUCUUCCUCGGCCAUGACCCGGCUGAUGUUGGGCCGGACUCUGGAGCGCAUCUGUAAAGGCGUCCUGCUGCUCUGCCUGCUCCACUUCCUCAUCAUGAUGAUCCUGUACUUUGACGUCUACUCGCAGCGCUUCGACCUCUUCAGCCGAUUCAACAACGGCCGCAACGGGUCCAGGAAUAAUGUCAGCGGAGCUGCGGGGAACGGACAUCAUUUUUACUAUUACAACCUUUCCAGGCCCAACGCGACGCUAGCCAGCUACCUAUCCACGGGCGAGCUGGUGCCGAGCGUGCAGCCCGAGACCAAUCAGACACCUUCCCCCAAACCGCUGCCGCCGUGCCCGGAGAAUCCACCCGGCCUCGUGGGGCGUUUGUUGAUUGAGUUCAGCUCCCAGAUGACGAUGGAACGAGUGCAGAAAGAAAACCCCAAUGUGACGGAGGGAGGCCGCUACACGCCUCCUGACUGUCGGCCUAGAUGGAAGGUGGCCAUCAUCAUCCCGUUCCGUCACAGAGAAAAUCACCUAAAGUACUGGCUCCACUACCUCCACCCAAUCCUCAGGCGGCAGAGGAUUGACUACGGCAUCUACAUCAUCAACCAGUUGGGUGAGGACACUUUCAACCGUGCCAAGCUGUUGAACGUUGGCUACACGGAGGCUCUGAAGGACGCAGAGUAUGACUGCUUCAUCUUUAGCGACGUGGACCUGAUCCCAAUGGAUGACCGCAACCUCUACCACUGCUACGACCAGCCGAGACACUUCGCCAUCGCCAUGGACAAGUUUGGCUUCAGGCUGCCCUAUGCAGGCUACUUUGGAGGAGUUUCAGGCCUCAGUAAAAAACAGUUCCUGAAGAUCAACGGCUUCCCCAACGAGUACUGGGGCUGGGGAGGGGAGGACGACGACAUCUACAACAGAAUCACUCUGAACGGGAUGAAGGUGUCCAGGCCAGACGUUCGCAUCGGCCGCUACAGAAUGAUUAAACACGAGAGAGACAAACACAACGAGCCCAACCCGCAGAGAUUUAAUAAAAUACAGAACACGAAGAACACGAUGAAGAAGGACGGCAUCAGCUCUCUGACGUACAGACUGGUUCAGGUCAAGAGGUAUCCUCUGUACACAAAUAUCUCCGUGGAGAUCGGCAAACCACCGCCCCGGCCUUUCAAGGGCUAG